AUGCCAUUUUCAGCGGUACGCUCUAAAGCCACUCACCAUACAAAAAGUCUGUCGAAUUCUGUUACCAAAAGCGUGAACAGUAAAGAGAAAGAUGACGAGGACCAAGGAAUUGUAGAGCCCAAGUUCCCCAUCAAAAAGUUUGAUUAUGUAGAGGGACGAAACUAUAGACAAUCCAAGAAGCCAAACGACCAAUUUCUGCCUUGCGAUGAUGAGGAGAUUGAGCGAUUACAAGUAAAUCAUCUGUUAUUCAAAUCUUUGUUCAUUACGCAAUAUUUCUCGCCUGUGGAAGCUGCACUGAGAUCAGGCAUCAAAGUAUUGGAUGUGUCAGCUGGUCCUGGUUGGUGGUUGAUAGACAUGGCAAAAGAAUUCCCCAAAUCACACUUUACAGGGUGCGACGAGAUGAUAUACCCAAUCAACACACCACCUACAAACUGUCAUUUCAGAGUGAUAGAUAUAUCAAAAGGGUUACCUUUUGCGGACAAUACGUUUGAUUUUGUGACACAACAUGAUGCACUAUUUCGAUACAGUCAGAAGGAUUGGGACACUGUAUUACCAGAGUUAAUUCGAGUACUGAAGCCAGGAGGGUAUGUGGAACUAGUAGAGCCAGGAGGCGUCAUACAAGACAUUGGACCAAACAUGUCCAUUUGGAUGAUGCGGCUCACUGUCUCUUUGCAGACAAGAGACAUUACUCUUAAGAUUGCAACACAAUUAGAGGGCAUGUUAGAGAGUAUAGGAGGAUUAGACAAAAUAGAGGCCUCUCAUCGCUCAGCACCCAUUGGAUGGUAUGGCAGAAAUGGAGACAUCAUGCUGGAAGCCGUCGAACGACUGUUUGAUGCGAUCAAGCCAAAGCUAUGUGAAGACUGGUCAAUGAGCAGCUCCAAAUACGACAAGAUGGUUCAAACUGCAUCAUCUGAAUGCAGAGAUUUUAGAAGUUGGCUCAAUAUUCAUUACAUUUUUGGACGAAAGGCACAACAGAAUAAAGAGAAUACAUGA